AUGAAGAAACCGACAAAUACAAGAAAACCCGAGAAAAAUGGAUUCAAGAAAGACAUUAGCGACGAAGAGAAAUCCUUGACGUGUUGGGAAGAUGUUCACCAUACGCUCGAGAGGAACGAGCCACGCAAGAAGAAGACGCACCCAGAAAUAAAUGAUAACAACGAAGAUCUUAUCGACAGUUAUUCCUCUUCAGAUGAGUCGCUUCAAACUCUACCGACGUUUCAGGACGAUAGACGAAGGGCGAUAACCCAUAGGGACCUGAACCGUGAACAACUAGAACAAACCCUGCUGAGGAAAGAAAUCAAGAAGUUAGUUAAAACCCCAAACCAAGAAAAACAGCCACAAGAAUGGGCAACAAAUGAACAUGAUGACGACGAAGUCAGACUAAAAGAAGCAAGUAUCAAGAAAGCAAGGACAUUGGUUAUGCAAUGGAAUACUUGGACAUGUACGAAACUGCACCUGCAGCCAUUACCCAAGUUUAGGAGGAACGCAUCAUCACGAGAUACAUUGGAUGUUGAGUUACCGCAACUCAAAUGCCCUACUGAAAAGCCAGGAUGUGAAUGUGUUUACGAAGAAGAAGCUCACCCAUACUAUUCAAUAAUCAAGGCAGAUAGAUGUCGAGUACCAGGAUGUUUACACCAUGACGAAAACCGAGACGAAUCAGAUUGGAUGCUACGAAACGUCAGACUACGAAACUACUACAACCAACAUUAA